UGAAAGGGUCCUCUCAAAAGGGUUUCAUUGGAUCUUGUUACUAGCACUAUAUAUUAAUGGUACAAGUUAAUUUGUAUACAUUCAUUAGGUAACCAAGAACAUGACCCUUUGCCCCUAAAGAAGACAAGUUUACCACCCACUUAUCUGCCUUUUCCUAACUCACAAAUAUCCCUCUUUAUUAUUUCUACCUCUCUUGAUCACUUCUUUUCCACACAUCCCAUAUAUUUUUAUGCCCUUUAACUUGCCUACCUUUUUACAUUAAAGUGUAGAGUUCUAUUUUGUUUUUCUCCUGGUUUUUCUUAAUACAAGAGUUAAAGAUCAUUUCACUUUCCUAUUUCUAUAAUUAUGACUUUGGCAAACAGGAUCAUCAUAUUUCUGCUUAGGCUUUUAGCCUUGGGGGCUAGUGUUGCAGCCAUUGUUAUCAUGGUUACCAGCCAUGAUUCUGCUCAAGUCUUGGGCAUGACAUUUGAAGCCAAAUUUGCUAACACGCCAACUUUCAAGUACUUUGUUGGAGUGAAUAUACUAGCAAGUGCCUAUUCCCUCAUAGUUCUUUUUUUUCCUACCAAGAACUUGCUGGGACGCAUUAUACUCAUUUCAGAUAUCAUUAUGACAUUGCUGUUGGACUCAAGCAUAUCAGCAUGUUUGGCAAUAGCACAAGUGGGAAAAAAGGGGAAUAGUCAUGCAGGUUGGCUACCAAUUUGUGGACAAGUUCCAAAGUUCUGUGAUCAUGUAGCUGGAUCUCUUAUUGCUGGAUUUGCAGCUUCUAUUCUCUAUUUUCUUCUUCUUCUUUGCUCUUUUCACAAUGUUCUAAAUCUUUACAGUCUCAAAGCUUAGACUUAUAUUCCUCCUUCGUGGAAAUUUUACAGCUUUUUGUUGAUCUUUUUUUAAAGAAUAUCAUUCCCCCUAUUUUGUACUAAUUUUUGUGUUUUUAGAAUAUACAUGCUAUAUGUAGUUGAAAUAUUGUAAUGCGAAAAGAAAGAUUUAAAGACAUCUUUGUCAUGUUUGGUAUGCUUAUCUCCACGUAAUAUAUAAUUAAUGUUUCAAUC